GCGCGGGUGCAGCCAUCUAGUUAUUUUUACUCACCCAACUAAACAGAGAGAGAGAUUGGCAAAAAGAAAACGAGGGUUUGGUUUGUUGAUCCUUCUUCACCAUGUCGGAUGCAUACGAGAGAGUGAAAGGGGGCAGGCUGACCUUCAAAGGAGGAACCCUAGCUUCAACAAGCAAAUCAAUAGACAAAAAGAAAAAAAAGAAGAAAAACCACAACAAACCAUCCGCCGAUUUCACCCAAGAAAUCCUCACCGGAGACGCCGCCACUGCCGUGGCGGAACACGGCGGCGCUCCUUCCGCCGCAGACGCCGGAGCCAAAGGACCAGAUGACGACGAUAUUUACACGAUCGAUGCGGCGAAAAAAAUGAAGUACGAUGACUUGUUUCCUGUGGAGGCUAAGAAGUUCGGUUACGAUCCGAAAGCGAAGGUGAAGUCGGUUGAAGAUGCGCUUGAUGAUAGAGUUAAGAAGAAGGCUGAUCGUUAUUGCAAAUAGACAUAAACAUUACUUGUCCUACUGCAUCUUCAUGUCAUUGAGCUGCUUCUCGUCAACCAAAAUGGGCGUGUUCUACUCUCGGUUUAAUUUUAACUUUAAAGUACAAUUAGGCUGAAGUUUGUAUUGAAAGUUUACAUCUUUAAAUGUUAAUUGUGGGAUGAUCGAGUUAUUAAUCAAAUGCUCAUUGCGUCGGGCCUCGGUGGUCGGUCACAGUUUGCCGGUGUCCAUCCGAUGGUCUGUUUUUCGUUGUC